GCUGGGGCUGUGCUUGGGUGUCUGCAGUGGUUCGGUUCUUCACUUUGAUAAUUUUUUCAAGAUCCGACUUAGAAAGGGCCUGGCACUGUUCGUGUGCCGUGAAGUUCGGCGUGGAGGGAACGAUUUGUCAUCUACCGGACGCUCCACGUUGAACUGCCGUUUGGCAAUAGAGUCAGGGUUGCUCUCGAACGUUGUUCGGAAAGCCCGGGUGGGCGGGUUAUCUGCACCAUUUGGUGUGGGGAAUUGAUCGUCAUGAACUUUGAUGUUUUAUUUUUGAUCUAUGUUACUGACUUUUUCCUUGCAUAUAGGGUCGGCUUCUCAUGCCCUGCACAAAUUUUCAGAAUGGCCGCCAUCAAUGCACAGCAAGAUGUUCAGGCCGAUGAGCACACAGCAACUGAUACCGUGGUCGGCAGCGAAAUGCAAAAUAUCGUGACCGAGCGGGUUUUGGCCGAGUGGCAAGACAAGGAGACAGGGGAACUCUGCACUCUUGGCUCCAUGUUAUCCGUCAACAAGCAAGCUACCAACUUCGAAUUUCAGUUUGGCAUUGAUCAGUCUUCGCACGCCUUUAUCCGGUUUCCGUUUAUUAUCUCUAUAAAGGCGGCUGGCCGCCCUAGUAGAAGGGACACGCUUUUCGUACUCCCGGUUCAUGCAUUCAAUUUCAACGAUCCUGUGCGGUUUGAGACUCUCACGGCAUCUCAAGUUGGUACGGGGCCUAUAUUAGCAGCCAUCCAGGAGGCUUCCCUGUCCGCAUCUGAUAAGAUUCUACGGGUCGAAUUCAACCUCAACGAGCCAGGAUACAUGCUUAUCGCAAAAACAAUGAAUCCUGCAAAAGUCAUCAAACCCAGCACCUCGACCUCACACGAUCUCCUUCUCGGCCUACAGUCACUGUCAAAAGCAACGCGCUUCGCUGUCUACAUGAAGCCCAGUGAUUACGCCCGCCAAGGACUGAAGAUAGUGUGCGAGCGCCUGUGCGCCGGCGCGCUGAAGCAAUAUCCCCUUGAUUUGAGCAAUAUGUACACUAGAGGCGCCGAGUUAAUCGACUGGAGCAAAUUCGAAUUGGACAGCACCCGUGCCUGUGGCAAACAUCAAAAAGACAACGACUAUGCCGCGCCGCCGGACGACUUCCUACCACCGUAUGAGCCGCCGCAAAACAGCAGCAGUGUCAGCAGCAAUGGUAGUAGCAGUGGCAGCAACAAAAUUAGCGCUCCCGCAACGCCACCGCUUGUCCCGCGCACACCAUCAGUACAGUUCUCACCCAAGCCCGCCACCACGCCGGACUCGCAACUGAGCUUCCUCCGCUCGCCACAGGGCGUGCCGGCGUUACUGGAAAAAUCACCCAGCACGUCUAUCAUCCUUGAGACCCCCGACAAUGACAACGACUGGUUCUCGGCUAGUGUGAUGCGCGCUCGCCUCUACAACGGGGUGGCCGCGACACCGACGCAGGCGGAUACGGAAUCCAACCAGAGUGGUGGGAGCGUUUAUGCUGGUAGUGUGUAUGCUGAUGAGAAUGGAGCGUAUGCGGCUGCGCAUCAGUCACUUGCCCCUUCCAUGCCAAGUACGCAGGAAUGCUGGGGCCAGAGUCAGAGCCAGUCUCAGCACCUCGAGCCGGGGUCGCCUGCUCUGGAACCUACGCAACACUAUCAGAGUCAGUCUCAGGGCUUGGAGCCACUGUCUCUUGCUUUUGAGCUCGCAAGGCAGCUCCAAAGCCAACCUGAGCAAUUCUGGCCGCAAUCCCCUCCUUUGGAACCUACGCAGGAGGCCCAAAGCCAGUACCAGCGCGACUUCGACCUAGAGCCGCCCCGCAAACGCCGCCGUCUCUCGUCCGUGUACUCGGGUCUGACAGCUGCAUCUCCGCUCCAACAACAACCUCAACUCCAACACCAACACCAACCUAUAACCUCGGCCUCGCCCGCUCCCUCCCCCGCCCACAUCGCCGAUCCUCUACCACAAAGCACGCUCCUCCUCAUCUCCCUCGCCCAAUACCUCAGCGAAACGCUCCUCACGCACCAUCCCACCGCGUACGCCUCACCGCGUCUGCGCCCUCUGCUCUUCGCGCUCGGCCAGUCCGCGCGCUUAGGCGACGUGGAGGUGUAUGAGAGCGUGCGAGCCCGCUGCUCGGCCGUGUGGUUCUACUAUGGCGAUGAGGCGGGUGAUGGAUGCGGGUGUAUGGAUGUGGAUGACGACGAUGGAGUUGGAGAUAAAGAAGGGGGUGCAGCGGAGCAGCGCUUUGUGGACGAUUUGGAGGCGCUGGUGCGCUGGGCGAAUGGAGUAGAUCGCCUUGCGGAUGCGAUGGCGAGAGAGGAGCUUGAAAAGCUGGGGAGGGCGGCGAGGGAGGUGGUUGGGAGUGGUGGUGCUGAGCUGUGCGAGAAGGAGUAUCGCUGCCAGAAGGGUAUGUGCGUCGCUGUUGUGUUGGUGACGUUUGGGAGGGUUGCGUGAUGAUGGAAGAAAGGGUUUUGGUUUCAAUUCGCGUCACGGUAUGGCGCACUG